AUAGAAACAGGAAGUUCAUUUAUCAAAGAUCAGAAAAUAAGUUGGGAAACACCGUGUUAGUCAACGCUAUAAACGAAACGUUUGUAGGAACAAUUACUUACAGUGAUCGCAACAUUCUCACCACAUUUUGUUCGAGAACAUUCGUUCACCUUACUAUAUUAAAGUUAACCGUUGACAUCAGGAUACAACAACACUUUCAUGUGUAUUGGAUUAAUCUUUGAUGUCCAAUUGUACUGAUUCUGAAAGUCCCCCAGCCAAGAAAGCGAGAACAGAAGCCAACGGUACACACUGUACUUCUAAUUCAAGUGAAACUGAAAAUUUGAUGGGAAACAAAGCUGACAAACCCGCCUCACAGAAGAUUAGUAUGGCUCAAAAUGGGACGCUGGACGGAAAAGGUGAAAUUGACGAGAGUCUGUACUCCAGACAGCUAUAUGUGCUUGGACAUGAAGCGAUGCGAAGAAUGGCCAACUCCAAUGUCCUGAUUGCCGGAAUGAAAGGCCUGGGGGUGGAAGUGGCCAAAAAUGUGGUGCUCGGAGGGGUCAAGUCGGUCACCAUUCAGGACACUGAGAAUGCUGGCUGGGGAGACCUUAGCUCACAGUUUUUUCUUCAAGAGAGCGACAUAGGAAAGAAUCGGGCAACUGUAACCGCCCCUAAACUUGGUGAGCUGAACACCUACGUACCUGUUAAUGAGAGCACAGACCCCCUCAAUGAGGCGUUCAUCAAGGGAUUUCAGGUAGUUGUCCUGACUAACUCAAAUUUGGAGGAGAAAAUCCGAAUUGGAGAGAUCUGCCACAAGAACAACAUUAAAUUCAUUUCUGUUGAUUCCAGAGGACUGUUUGCGGAGCUGUUUUGCGACUUUGGAGAUAAUUUCGUGGUGAAUGAUGUGGAUGGGGAGGAGCCCAUCUCAAACAUGGUGGCAUCCAUCACUAAGGAUAAAGAGGGCGUGGUCACUUGUUUGGACGAAGCCCGCCAUGGAUACGAGGACGGGGAUCACGUCACUUUCACUGAGAUACAGGGAAUGACUGAGCUUAAUGGGUGUAAACCAAUCAAAAUCAAAGUGCUAGGACCGUACACGUUUAGCAUUGGAGAUACAAGCAAAUUUUCCAACUAUGAACGAGGGGGUGUUGUUUCCCAAGUCAAGACGCAUAAAACAAUUCACUUUAAAUCCAUCAAGGCUGCUAUGGAUGCCCCCGAGUUCCUCAUGACAGACUUUGCUAAGUUUGACCGCCCCGGUCAGUUACACAUUGGUUUCCAGGCUCUGUAUGAAUUCCAGAAACAGAAAGGACAGCUGCCUCGUAGUCGAUGCAAGGCUGAUGCUGAUGAAUUCCUUAAAGUUGUGAAGGCCUUGAAUGAGAAGUCACCAGCUAAAGCGGAUGAACUGGACGAGAAUGUAAUGAGAGAGAUGGCUUACACCUGCCGUGGAGACUUGUGUCCAUUGGCAGCCAUUAUGGGAGGGGUGGCAGCUCAGGAGGUCAUGAAGGCCUGCUCGGGGAAGUUCCACCCAGUGUGUCAGUACAUGUACUUUGAUGCUUUGGAGUGUUUACCAGAAGACAAGGACACCUCUCUGACAGAGGAAAACUGUAAACCAACCAAUAGUCGAUAUGAUGGACAGGUAGCUGUAUUUGGGUCAGAUUUCCAGGAGAAGAUGGGAAACCUCAAAUAUUUCUUGGUGGGAGCUGGUGCCAUUGGAUGUGAAAUGUUAAAGAACUGGGCCUUGAUGGGUCUGUCUGCAGGAGAGAAUGGACAUAUAUAUGUGACAGACAUGGACAUCAUUGAGAAGUCCAACCUUAACAGACAGUUCCUGUUUAGGCCCUGGGACGUACAGAAACCUAAAUCCUCAACAGCAGCCUGUGCUGCCAAACACAUGAAUCCCUACAUAAACAUCACCUCCCAGGAAAACAGGGUGGGGCCCGAUACAGAGAACAUCUACACUGACGAUUUCUUUGAGAAGCUGGAUGGUGUGGCUAAUGCCCUCGACAAUGUGGAUGCAAGAUUGUACAUGGACAGGAGAUGUGUGUAUUACAACAAGCCCCUGCUGGAAUCAGGGACCCUGGGCACCAAGGGCAACGUACAGGUGGUCAUUCCCAAACUGACCGAGUCUUACUCCUCCUCACAGGACCCUCCCGAGAAAUCCAUUCCUAUCUGUACCCUCAAGAACUUCCCCAACGCCAUCGAACACACACUACAGUGGGCCAGAGACCAGUUUGAGGGACUGUUCAUCCAGCCAGUAGAGGGCGCCCUUCAAUAUGCCACAGAUCCUAAAUUCCUGGAGAGGACUGCCAAACUCCCAGGCACACAGCCAGUGGAGACACUACAAGGAAUUAAGAAGGCCAUCGUUGACGAGAGACCAACCAGUUUCCAGGACUGCGUGACUUUUGCCAGGAAUCUGUUCCAGGAGAACUAUAAUAACAACAUUCGUCAGCUUCUGUUCAACUUCCCUCCUGAUCAGGUCACAAGUUCCGGAGCUCCAUUUUGGUCUGGUCCAAAAAGAUGUCCGCAUCCACUGGAGUUUGAUGUAAAUAAUACCACCCAUUUCGACUAUGUUAUGUCUGUAGCUAAUCUCAGGGCUCAAAUGUAUGGCAUCAAACAAGUUCGGGAUCCAAAGGCUAUCUGUGAUAUGGUGUCAAAGGUCAAAGUGCCCGAGUUUAAACCUAGGUCAGGGAUAAAGAUUGAAGUGACUGAUGCUGAAAUGGAAAGAAACCAAGGAAACCUAGAUGUUGAUGCUGUGGAAAAUCUACAAAAGGACUUGCCCCCUGUGGAGAAAGUAAAGGCCAUGAAAUUAGUUCCUAUCGAGUUUGAGAAAGAUGAUGAUACUAAUUUCCACAUGGACUUUAUCGUGGCUGCUUCCAAUUUGAGAGCCGAGAACUAUGACAUUCCACCAGCAGAUCGACACAAGAGUAAGUUGAUUGCUGGAAAGAUCAUCCCAGCCAUUGCUACCACCACAGCACUCAUCACAGGCCUAGUGGCUGUAGAACUCAUCAAGCUUGUACAAGGACAUAAUAAAUUAGAAAGCUACAAGAAUGGAUUUGUAAAUCUGGCCUUGCCCUUCUUUGCUUUCUCAGAACCAAUAGCAGCACCCAAGAACAAGUAUUAUGACACUUACUUCACAUUAUGGGACCGAUUUGAAGUUCAAGGAGAGAUGACCCUACAGGAAUUUUUAGAUUAUUUCCAGAAAGAAUACAAGCUGGAGAUCACCAUGUUAUCACAGGGCGUGUCCAUGUUGUACUCAUUCUUCAUGCCCCCUGCCAAACGACAGGAGCGACUGGGACUACCAUUAUCAGAAGUAGUUAAAAGAGUCUCCAAGAAGAAGAUUCCUAGUCACGUGAAAGCUUUAGUGCUGGAGCUGUGCUGUAAUGAUACGGAGGGAGAGGAUGUAGAAGUUCCGUACGUUAAAUAUAAUCUACCACAGUCGUAAUGUAAACACUGCCCUAGAGACCGCAAUAGGUAUCCCCACGAGUGGUGACCAGACACUGGACAUUCUCAUAUUGAGAGACUUAUCAACAAACAAACAGUCGGACAAACGGAUGACUGAUGCACAGUCAGUGAAGUGCAAUGAACAUAAUUACAAAGAUUUUUCUUCUUUUUGACUGUUGUAUAUUUGUAUUUCUCAAUGAUGUAAUAUUAACUUGUGUAAAGGAAAACAAAGCAAACAAUAAUUUGAUUGUCUUACUAUAGUAUUCUCUGUACACAGACAGGUUUGGUAGUGUGCAUAAUAAUUUAUUCUGUCUUUAUGAAACUUUAAAAAAAAUAAAUGAAUAGAAUCAUAAAAGUUUAACAA